UUACACUUCGGUGCUCGUUUGCCCGUUAUGUGGCUCAGCCUGGACCGCCAAACGAGAUGAAGCAACACUUCAACGACGUCAACACCAGAUGCCUAGAAGACACCUCCACACACGCAUACACCAAGAGGACAUCUCUCAGAAAACGAAAGAACCCAGAUCAUCACCCCACCCACCGAAGCACUGUGUUGUGUUUUAUUUUAUUUUGCAGCAAUCUAUUGGAAACCGGAUAUCGGACCGGACAUAUGGGGUAUGGCGCUCUUUCGCCUGCUCCAGACACUCCCGCGAUUACCCCUUAGACCGAAUUACUCUGUGGGAAAAACGAGGAGGACUGCGAGCAGUUUGCUGACUGAUAACGAGCGUUUGAACCAUCAUGGACCGAGGGCUGUUUCGUCCUCGAUCUUUUUUGAUUUUUCAUUGAUAUAUUACGGCUUGAGUGCGGCUGUUCCCCUUAUACUAGAAAACGCAAUAUCCUUGUCCUCUGGAUUUUGGGUUGGUUUUGAUAAGUCGCUUGUGUUUAUGAGAUUCGUCUCACAUUCGCAACCGCCUCUGUGGCUAUUCUUUGGCGUUUUUUUAGUUUUGCUAUUUUGUUUUCAAAAGGAAGUUGCAAUGGAUUCAGAGGUCGGUGUUUGGCAAACCAAAGCUCUGGGUUCAGUUGUUUGGGGAGGAGAGCAGAAUGCUGUAACGAAAGCUGGACAAAAAUAAUCACCUCUUCUCCCUUUCUUUUGUGCCUCCCUUAUGUAGAUAACUAAUGCCACAUUUGACACAGAUUUUGUCGCU